AGUGCCGGAAAGUCGGGUCCCAUGUAUCGGACGGUCGGCAAAAACAUUCCGCUUUCCAGAUGACGCCAGGCUGACGACAGCUCAACAAUGGCUGUCGAGCUCAACCAGCUUCCUCAAUAGACCCAGGCUGAUGUUCACGGCGGCCCUACUCAUGGUGUCCUGCACAGUUGCGUGCAGCGCGGGAAGCGGAGGAGACGGCUUUGAAUAAAAAAUGGAACUAAUGAUGGCAAAGGAGCACUUGUACACGCUCAUCAAGGUGGCCACCGAGGAGGAUAUCCGGGCGCAGAUCGGCACCACCACGCACUUCGACCUCGUCAACUACGACUCCAUCAAGGUGCACCGCGUCAAGAAACAGACGCCCUUCCAGGAUUUCAAGGCGCAGAUUGCGGAGGAGUUGGGCAUCCCGGUGGUGCUGCAGCGGUACUGGGUGUGGGCCAAGCGGAUCAACAAGACGACGCGGCCCAACCGGCCGCUGACGGCCGUGGAGGAGGCGCAGACGGUGCAGCAGCUCAAGGACAGCCACAUGAAGAUGCCCCUCACCGAAUUGCGCCUCUUCCUAGAAGCACCCAUCCUGCGCGAGGACCUGAAGCAGCUGUCGCCGUCCCUCCCGGAGCGCAACAGGGGGGACAUUCUCAUAUUCUUCAAGCUGUACGACCCCGAGAAGGAGACCCUUCAGUACGUGGGCAGCCUGUACGUGCGGCUGUCGUACCGGCCCAAUGAGGUGAUGAGGCACAUCAACCGGCUGGCGGGCUUCCCGGAGGACCAGCCCAUCAAGCUGUUCGAGGAGAUCAAGUUCGACCCCAACGUCAUGUGCGAGGCCAUCGACAAGAAGCUCACCCUCAAGGGCAGCCAGCUGGAGGACGGCGACAUCAUCUGCUUCCAGAAGGAGCUCCCGCUGGGGGCGGCGUCCGCUCACCGCUUCCCCGAGGUGCCGGCCUUCAUGGAGAACGUGGUCAACCGGCAGGUCGUGCACUUCCGCAAGCUUGAAAAGCCCUCCGCUCCAUACUUCGACCUCGAACUGUCGAAGGAGCUCACGUACCUGGACGCCAUCUCUGCGCUGGCGGCGCACAUGGGCCUGGACAACCCUGCGAAGCUGCGGCUGUCGCCGCACAACGUGCACACGCACAUGCCGCGUGUGGCGCCGUUCAAGUACGCAACGAGCGACAAGCUGUACGACAUGCUGCGCGGCAACACACCCUACAGCGACAUCCUCUACUACGAGGUCCUCGACAUCCCCCUGCCCGACCUCGAGAAACUCAAGACGCUCAACGUUGUCUUUGCCAACUCCAAAGUCGAAGAGGUUGCAUCGCACCAGAUUCGAAUACCACGCACCGGGACCGUGAGCGAUCUCCUGGUGGAGCUGCGGAAGAAGGUCGAGCUGUCACGGCCUGACGCCGAGUUGCGGGUGGUGGAAGUCAUCACCUCCAAAAUUUCCAAGGUCUUGCCGCCGGGCGACAAGAUCUCCGACCAGUGCUGGAAGAUCCGUGCAGAGGAGGUGCCGACGGAGGAGGUGGAUGCGGGGCCCAAUGAUCGUCUGCUCCACGUGUACCACUUCCGACGAGACAAACUCAACAAGGACCAGGCGAUAUUGUUUGGAAACCCGUUCUUGCUGGUGGUGCGGGAGGGGGAAACCAUGGCCGAGGUGAAAGCGCGCAUCAAAGCAAAGCUGGGGACGAAGGACGGAGAGUUCGACACGUGGAAGUUUGCUCACGUCACCAACAAAGCAAGCCCAGAGUACAUCAAAGACGACGAGGUUGUGCUGACGCGCUUCCCGAGUGUGGUCAGUAUCUUCGAAGCAGAGUUCUUGGGGAUGGAGCAUGCUGACAUGGGCCCGCAACGAGCACGCAUACGAGAACCCGAGAGACGGGGGCAUGAGACAGAUACAGAUCCUGACCCAGAGUCCAAGCCAAAUCACGAACCAGACGCAGAAGCUGGACUCAAACCCGACCACAAAUUGGGGUCCGACUCAGAUGGGGGUUCUGCUGGGAAGCCUUGGUUGACCGCAAAUCCCGGGAUAGUCAACGGAGCCUGGUUGGACGAGCUAAGGGUCUUUUGGGAAAGCAACAGCGGUCUCCAGAGUGUGCCUGUCAUACCAGACGAGAAAUCCCGGGAGCUGCUGCAGCGUUUCCUUUCCGAUAAGCGGGGGCAGUUAAGGCUGGCACGGACGCAUAUCAAGAGUUUGGGAUGCGGAGAGCUGCGGAGAAGGUGUGCCGCAUUGCGCCUGCGGGGUUGGCGCAUUGGGUGGCGCACGCCGCUGCUCUGGGGCUUGCACUUGGACGAGAGGGGGUCGUGCAGGUGCUGUGGACAGGUGGCGGGAAUAACCAUGUGUCGAUUGCCGCAAAAGUCCGCCUGCGGUGGUCGAAUCUGA